AACGUUUGCAUUGAAUGGUUGUUGGGACUCGUGUGGAGCCUACCUUUUAUGCAAGUUAUGUUUUUAUUAUCAAAAUCUUUAUUGUAACGUUAAUGUAGCCUACUCUGGAAUAUUUUGUAGUAUUUUAUUUUAACUUGAAUUUGAAGCAUUGUGCAUUGUCCGUGCAUUGUGGACUUUGCACGGACAUAAACGAAGUUGUGUAAGGUUUCGUUAUUGAAAAAUUACUUUUUCCAGAGCCUACGCCUUUUUAACGUUACGUUGUAUCCUUUCUGCAGUUGUUGAAUUUUGCCUAUAUUUAAUCCGUAGUCACAAGGCUGGAAUUGGAACAGAAGGCUGGAAGUACACAGACAAUCUAAAAAAAAAUGCAUUUGGUGGUCCGACGAUACAGGCCCUCCGACAAGGAUGCUGUUUUAACCCUGUUCUGUGAUGGCAUCUUGGAGCACAUCAACCCUUCGUUCUACAACGCCAUUAGCAACCCUGUCAAUGUGGGCGUCGCCCUGUUCCUUUCUAUGGCUGGGUACAUGCUGGGAGGUGGGUCUACUCUCUGGGCCUUGCUGUCGGCUGGAGCCUGGGUAGGUCUGGUCUACUACUGCUGCAGCCAACUGUACGCUAGCUUCGUCAGAGAGAGGCUGCGCACGGACAUGCAGGACAUUCCAGGAUGCUACCUGAGCCACCCCGACAACUGCUUCUGGGUGGCUGAGACUGAGGUCAACGGCUGGGUUGAGAUUUUAGGUAUGGUGGCCGUUGUGGCCAAAAAGGUGGUGGGCGGAAGAGACGGGGAGAUGAGCGGUGAACUAUUCAGGAUGAUUGUAUCGACGAAGUGUCGUCGGACAGGACUCGGUUCCAGGAUGACCCAGACCGUUAUUGACUUUUGUAAAGAGCGAGGGUUCUCUAAGGUCGUCCUGGAAACCAGUUCCACCCAGACUUCUGCAGUGGCCCUGUAUAAGAAACUGGGCUUCUCACACAUCCUGUCACACACCAAGACGUACUCUCCUGAAUGGAUGACAAUUAUAUCCCGAGUCACCAUUCUGAAGAUGGAAAAAGUCAUAUAGACAAGACGUACUCUCCUGAAUGGAUGACAAUUGUAUCCCGAGUCACCAUUCUGAAGAUGGAAAAAGUCAUAUAGUCCUUCUCAUGCUUUUGUAUAGUAAGUGUUAAGACGUGCAACUUUUUGGUUCUGAAGCACAGAUUAGAUGUCUUUGAGACAAGAAUUAGAUGCAAUACCGUAGGCCUACAUUAGUAACUAGAUCGAAUAAGCAAAGGUAUAAAUAUAAAAUAAAAUGGUAUAAUGUAGCCUAUUGGAAUAUGUUUGAAAAAUAUGUAUUUUCCCCUUUCGGGUUUCACACUUGUGAGUUGCGACCCUCGCAAAACAUUCUCAUGGAGGGGGGUUGGGAAACUGCUCUCUCAUUGCCACCACCAGCAAAAGAGUUUUCUCCCUAAUUGUCUUCCCUAUGACCCAUGGCUCUCCAAACCUGUUCCUGUAGGUUUUCACUACAACCCCACUUAUAACUAAACUGAUUAGGGUUUAUCAAUCAGCUAAUUAUUAGAAUCAGCUGCACUAGAUUAGAGUUGGUAUGAAAAUCUACAGGACGUAGGUAGUUCUCCAGGAACAGAAUCGGAGAGCCCUACAUUAAUUUAUAUAUAUAUAUAUAUAUAUGACCUAUAUAUAUAUACUAUGACCUAUAUGUACUCUAUAUACUAUAUGACCAAUAUGUACUAUAGUCCGGGCUCUGUCUGGGCCACUCAAGGACAUUCAGAGACUUAUUUUGUCCCCCUACACCAAACGCGAUCACGACACGCAGGUUAAAAUAUCAAAACA